UAGGAUGGUGGCGUUGGUACCUUUUGUGGUUCCCAUCGUGGGUGACAAAACAUUGCUGGUGUGGGAGCUGAGCUCUGGACCCACGGCCGAGGCCUUGCAACAUUCUCUGUUCAUAGUCUUCUCCCAGUUUCGCCUUCUGUAUUCAGUGCGAGUCUUCCCAAACGCAGCAGUGGCUGGUCCUGGGUUCUAUGCCAUCAUCAAGUUUUAUUCAGCAAGGGAUGCCCACAGAGCCCAAAAGGCAUGCGACCAGAAGCAGCUUUUUCAGACAUCUCCAGUGAAGAAUUCUCAAUCGUAAUCCUUUGACAAGAGUUGAAGAUUCUUAUCUUUUUAAAUUGCCAGCAUUAAAAUAUUUAGACAUGGGAACAACACAAGUGUCACUUACAACAAUUGAAAGCAUCCUCAUGAUGACCCUUGAAUUGGAAA